CAUGGCUACCACCAAUGGUCAGAGUAAGCUUUAACCUUUCCCUCGCGCGCCUUGUUUAUCUUUCCACCCACCCCUUGACCCUGCCUGCCUGGCCUCCUGGACCUCAUGCCUAUGUAUCAUCGUCCCACACUCCCCUCCUCCUUUGGGCCUUCCGCAGCUACUGUUAGAGUUUGUUGCCCCGGUCUUGUUUCUCACUGUAUUGGAUUGUACCUUUUCUUUGUUUCACGUGCCGGCAAGUUUGCGUCUUACUGCCCACCCGGCGUCUCACGGGUCCUGCCGCGCUUCAUCCCAGCUGUUCAAUGGCGUUCCAAGCGCCUUACACAAGCGCGCCGUAUGUGGCAGCCGUGCCAUCACCUGUGGCACCUCAGCCGCACCUUCCAGCUAACUAUAUGAUGUCUGCUUCUAUGCCCCAUUAUCCAAUGAAUGCUGCCUUGUCCCAGCAACAGCCAAUGAUGCAACGCAUACAUCCCUCUCAGCAGAAUGCUGCCAACAUGUCCGCAUCAACACCCCAGCGCUCCUCCAACCCUGCCUCUCAGGGCACCCCAAACAACGCGAUGCCCUCCCAGCAGCCAGGUACUUAUUCCACGGCCCAAGGUCAAGGAGGCUCUGCAAAUCACACACCAACUACCACCCAGCCUCAAAGUGGCUCGGCCGGAGGCACACCUCAAACACCGACGUUCCCUUCUACCGGAGGACAAGGUCAGGUCAAUGGGACGCCGAUACACUCAGCUCCUCCAAGUCCAGCUACGAGAUCGCGUGAAACGGAAAGGUUCGCCGUUUUAUUGGAAAUCAAUCAUGAGCUCCUGUACGAACUAGCCUGUCUCCACAUUAGCCGGCUAGAGAUUAAGAGAGAAAAGGAGUUGGCUGGUGAAUCGGGUGAACAGCAGCAGAAUGGUGGUAUGAGCCUCUCCGAGGAGGAGAAAUUGACAGAGCAGGAUUAUCAACAGUGCUUGGUCAGGGCCAGAACCAACAUGGGAUUUAUGGGCUCGCUAUCACAGCCGGGCAAACAACCCAACGUACACCCGUAUCCGGCAUAUCUGACACCCCCACCCUUACACUUGAAUCUCAGGAUAAGAGUAGCACAGAACACAUCUGCUGAGGACAGCGCGGGUGAUGCGCCACCUGACCCGAACACUGAUCGCGCGGAAAGACAUGAAAUCAUGACGGAUCUCUACAAGAAGCUCCAGUCACUCUAUCCGGGCGUUGAUUAUAAAAAUGAGCCUCUCUGGAGGGCAGGCACGAACCCUUUAACAGGACCAUCGGGUCUUUCCGGACCUGGGUCAAUGCCGGGAGGUAACCCUGAUCAGCUAUCGCAGCAGCAGCAGCACCAGCAGCAGCAAGGCCAGCAAGGCCAGCAACAGCAAGGACAGCAGCAAAAUUUGCAACAGCAACCUGGCCAACAGCAACAACAGCCCGGGCAGCAACUAAAUUAUCAGCAAAUGAUGAUGCUGAAGCAGCAACAAUACCGUGAACAGAUGCACCAAAAGCAGCUACAAAUCCAACAGCAAAUCCAACAGCAGCAGCAGAAUGGCCAGCUAGCUGGCGGUGGUGUAGGGUCGAACCACGGAAGUCCGGCUCCAAGCGGACAGCUGCUACAACAAGGCAUGAAGACGCCGCAGAUGACGCCGCAGAUGUCCAACGCCAUCCCUCCCGGGAUGGCGACACAGCAUCAGCAGCCUCAAGGUCAACAAAGCCAACAAGAUACGCAGCAAUCGCAGCCCGGCACAUCGGGACCGCCAUGAGAACUUUGCUAGAAGUCAUCCCCGUUAGUUGCCAUGAAAGUGAACGAGAGGAAAAUCAGAGGCACGUCAUAUUGAGCUUGUAUAACGGUGGACUUUUAGGAGUUUUGGGAGAUCGCAGGGCUGAAUGUUUGGGUAUGUCCUAGAAGAAGACGAGAACAAAAACGAAAAGGUGGGACGUUUGGAUUAACGUGACGGGAUAGCCGGAAUAGAAUGAGGCGCGGAGUCUCACACCUUCUUCAUGUUAGAAAGAAAAGCCAUAUAUAUGUGUUGUGCUUCUGAUGGCUAGAGAUCGUGCCUAGUUUCGGUUUUCUUGGUGACUCAUGGUCACCUUUCCCUAUAGCGGAAUAGACGGUGGGUUUUUGCGUUACUUUGGCUUUCUGGUAAGUGUAAGACUACUGAAAUGCACAAGGUAGACAACAACUUAUAUAGUCGUAAGGCACAUCCAUCCACACCAUACCCGCAUCAAGGGCACCAUAACCU